CGGCAAGCUGGAGGAAGCAAGGGAAAAAACUCCAUUAAAAAGCCCAGCUUUCCUCCAUGUUAGAUGUGAAGUGGAAAAUGGGGAAGAUUUAGCGAAAUUCCACUGUGUCUUCAGCCAGGCUUGGAGAACAGGAGAGCAGAGUGAAACCCUCAGGCUGUUGAAAUUUCUAGACUCCCAGGAAGCCCCUAGAAUUGGGUGAAAAAUGAGGAUUCAUAACUCAAACUGAUGGGGGCAAGGGGCAGAUGCUUUUAAUCAUUCUCCCCAGUGUGUGUUACCUUUCUUGACCAGUAUGGUAAGCAAGAGGGCACAUGCCAGCCGCCUCGGACAAUUCUGCAUGAUCCGAGUUCCCCAAAGUAAGACAGAGUGACCUCAAGCCUGCGGCUCGCUUCAUGGGCUUUGGGAGAAGCAGGAGAAGCAACGGCAGCGGCACAGUCACAGCAGCUGGAGCCGUGAGAAUGAACUGCCAGGAGGGAAAUGACAGCAGCUGUGGCUGCGGUGGCCGCGAGGAGAAUAAGAUGCUGAAGUGCGUGGUGGUAGGGGACGGCGCCGUGGGGAAGACCUGCCUGCUCAUGAGCUACGCCAACGACGCCUUCCCCGAGGAGUACGUGCCCACUGUGUUUGACCACUAUGCAGUUACUGUGACAGUGGGAGGCAAGCAACACUUGCUCGGACUGUAUGACACCGCAGGACAGGAGGAUUACAACCAGCUGAGGCCGCUCUCCUACCCCAACACGGAUGUGUUUUUGAUCUGCUUCUCCGUCGUAAAUCCUGCCUCUUAUCACAACGUCCAGGAGGAGUGGGUCCCGGAGCUGAAGGACUGCAUGCCUCACGUGCCUUACGUCCUCAUAGGGACCCAGAUUGAUCUCCGAGAUGACCCUAAAACCUUGGCCCGUUUGCUGUAUAUGAAAGAGAAACCUCUCACUUAUGAGCAUGGUGUGAAGCUUGCAAAAGCGAUUGGAGCACAGUGCUACUUGGAAUGCUCGGCCCUGACUCAGAAAGGUCUCAAAGCCGUUUUUGAUGAAGCGAUCCUCACCAUUUUCCAUCCCAAGAAAAAGAAGAAACACUGCUCCAAGUGUCUCAGCUGCUGUUUAAUUAUCUGAGGUAGCUUGAGACCCACCUCCACCCCAUCAAAGGGUAAGAAUGGCAGCCAACCUCUGAGACCCAGCUCAAGCCAAAAGGAGGGCAUGACCAGAGAGGAAGUCUCUGACACAGAGGCUUGCUCCCCCACCCUGUGAGCCCUCCCAAACACGGCACACUAUCAGCUAACUGCCACAUCCUCCCUACCAGCCAGAAGCAUCCACGUUGCACACUCUACGAGAAUGCUGAGCCCGGAUUCCAGCCAGUGCCACUGCUGACCACGUAGGAAACAAAGUCAAAGGCCAUCUUGCAUUUUUUCAUCGCCCCCUCCAAGAACAUGAAGCUGAUAGGAAAUCAUCACAGGAAAAACAAAAAAAAGAACUCGGUUCCUGUAUUGGUGGCCUUACUUGAUGUCUUUUACAAAACAUGGGAAUACAAAACUAACCUUUUUUUUUUCUGAAUCUGCUGUUCUACUAUGUGUCUUACAUUCAUUUGUAUUAUUUUAAGAAAUUUACUAAUUUACCAGUUUACUCAGGCCUUAUAAAUCCACACCAAAUUAGCCUAAAGACAAAGGGUUUUAUAUCCAUUCCUAUUUCAGCAUGUUUCUACCAAAGCUAUUAAAACCAACACGUACCUCUGAAUGCCUGACUGUAAGGAGAUAAAACAAAAUGCUGAAACUUUUGGAAAUAUAUGGAGCCAUAAUUUUUGAAACUGAUUGAAAGAAAACACCAUCUGAAUUAUUGCAGGUCCACAUUUUUUGCCUAAGAUUCACCCCAGAUAUGCUUACGUUGAUAGGUAGCCUUAUUUUUUCCACAUUAUAUUGUGAUGGAAAAUUGCAAAUGAACUGUGUUU